GGAAAAAAAUUAUUCAAAAGCAAUCCAAAUUCAAAUUGAACGUUAUUUUGCCAUCCUCCUGGUCGUGACAGUCGGGACCAGGAUGCUGUUGCAUUGUUUUCGUUUGACCCCGUUUGACACCAAACGUCACCGUGGCGUUGAAUCGCCCGAGGAAGGGGAGCGGGGAGGGAGGAAACAACAACAAUCACAUCAGAACCCAUAUUCCAAAAUCUCACCCCUUACCCCCGGGGGAGACGCCAUAUACGUGUAUCGAUUGGUGUUGGUACACAGUUCGAUCGUUCCCUUUUUUGCCGCUUCUGCUCGCUGCGAUGUAAAAGUGUCCCCGUGUCUGUUGCCAAAACAAACGCUUUCCAUAUUGCGCGUUCCAUUAGUUAUUUCUGGACCGAUUAGGCGUACACGCAGGAUGAGCAUCCUGGCGAGCAACUGCAAAUGCACGUACACGCUCGCGCUCGUCGGCCUGAGCGUGUGCGGCUUUCUGCUGUCGCUGUACACGUCCUACGUGGAGCUGCGGGCCGAGCACGACCAUACCUACCAGGCCAUGUGCGACAUUAGCGAGCGCAUCAGCUGCACCAAAGUGUUUACCUCCAGGUACGGGCGCGGCUUUGGCAUUGUCGGGCCGCUGCUCGGCGACGACUCGCUGCUGAACGUGCCGAACGGGUUCUACGGCAUCUUCUACUACUUCCUGGUGGCCGGCCUCAGCUUCAGCAACCAUCUGGCCGUCUCGCGGCUGACCAGCUACCUCAUACUGCUGUCCAACGGGCUGUCGCUCUACCUCGCCUACCUGCUGUACUUCGUGCUGCAGGACCUGUGCGUCGUGUGCGUCACCACGUACGCGGUCAAUCUGGUCAGCCUGAUACUGGCGCUGCAAAAAAUUCAGGCCCUGAUCCGGGAGGAGCAGGUGAUGCGCGCGCUCAAGGUCGGCAAGGUCAAGUAGUAGGGCCCCGGUGCCAGUCGUUUGCUUCCGCUCUCCCGGUAGACCAUAUUAUUAUUUGCUCGCACCCGGUACUCGUAGUAGCCGUUCGUUGGUCUGCGACUGUUGCUGUUACUUUGUUCCUUUGUACAUGUCACCGGGGGAAGGAAGUCGUUCGGUCGGCGCUGAUUCGUUGUUUGUCUGCUUUGUGUCCAGUUUUUGCCCCUCUCGUUAUCUCGUACACAGUGCUUUCUAACGUUUCUCGUUCCAUGGUGCCAAAAAAACCCAAAAAAUAGAGCCUGCAACAAAGAUGGUUCAAUGUUUGUGAUGUUGAUUUAAUAAAAAAAAAUCCAUUCCAUUA